AUGGCAGACUCGGCUUACCAAUCUUUUAGGGAUAAAGUCAAUCAAUGCUGCUACGUCUCCUCGUGGCCCCACUUUGAAAGCCUCGACUCCCUCAUCGGCGGCUCCUUCUCCAGUAACACCAAUCUCAACGCACACUCUAGAAUCCUUCGCCGGCGAGUUUUACCUUCUUCGGAACCCUCGUCUCCACCUCUGGAGCCUGUAGUUCAUAACCCGGAUAAAGAUCUAGCCACGAGUCCCUUGCUGAUGCUACCAUGGUUCGUGCCCGUGGGGCCCAGAUCAAAGCGUGCAGGGCCCAACAGCCUUAUUGAGAGGAAUUUCUCGGUGAUGGCAGCAGCAGCAGCAGCAGCGGCACUGAAGCCUGAAAAAGAUGAGGAGGAAGACGAUGAUUGGGAUACGAAUGAGAGAUGGGGUCGACACCUGGCAGUAGUGGGAAGAAAAAGGAAGGGGCCUUCGGAAGAUGGGGAGACCAUCAUCUGCGACGGGUAUAGCAAAUUGGCAGAGGCAAUCGGGAGCCUCGUUAGUGUCGUCACCGUGCCAUCCGACAUCCGCCGUCGCAGACCCGUGCCAUCCGUCUCCGCCUCCGCCUCACCAAGCACCAGGUUCGAGCUUUUUGACGAUGAGGUGGCGCCUGAGAAUGGCGUGAGGUCGAUCAAUGCCGAGCAAGCGAGGGAUAGGAUUGCUACUGCAUCAUGA